GAGCGUCCCUCUCGCUCAGCGCUUGCGCGGCAAGUUUGACUGGGAUGGCGGCGGUGGGGAGCCCGGCGGGGGUGACGCCGGGAGCGGAGGGAGCUGCUGAACCGGACGGGAGCGCGGGGGCUACGGGCUCGAGGCCGAAAGGUGGAAGAGUUGUGAAGGCUCGCUACCUUCAAUAUGAUAGAAAACCUGUGGGGAAGCAGAGUACCUCAGCAAAUUCCUCUGUAGUUUCUGGUGUAAAAAGAUCUGAAAAAGGGGAAACCCCAACUGGAAGAGCAGGUCUUUUUCAGAAAUGCAAAGCCACCACAGGCACUGCCACUAGCACACUAAAUCGUACUGUCUUGGGAAAAGAUGACUUGCAAUCCACUUUAUUAGAGGGUCAUAAAAUUGCUCGACCUGACCUGGAUCUCUCAGCUAUUAAUGACAAAAGUCUCUUAAAAAAGAUUCCUGGCUCAAAGUCUCUCUUCAGAGCAGAGUCAAGAACACGAAAAAAAGAGCAGAAUUCAAAAUCUUCUGAUCCUGAUGAUGUGAUUGGGAUGUUGGAAUCUCAGGCGUUGCUAUUAAACUAUGCAUCAAUGAAGAUAGAAAAAAAUAUUGCCCAGCUGGAGGAGAAAGGUGAAAGAAACUUAUCAAUAUUAUGUGAAGAAAAGGAAAAACAGCAAAAAAAGCUGUAUGAGCUGAAACGCCAACUAUUGCUCAAGAAGAGAGAACAGAAGCUUGAAGAAGUGCUGGAUAAACAGAUUGAAGUCCUUACUCCUCUUCUUACUGUCUGUGAACAGUUUAAGGAAGAGUAUAAAACCUUUGCAACUGCCCUGGAUACCACUAGACAUGAGCUUCCCGUGAAGAACAUUCACAUAGAAGGAAAUAGACACACACAUUUGGAGGACUUAAAAAAGCAUUUAGCUGUCGCACAAAGUCUUUUGGUGGAAGCUGCACCUGGCUACUUGGAAGAAAAUUCAAAGGCAUUCCCGGUACUGAAAGAACUUAAGGAAGUUGCUCUCAAAAUGGAUGCAGAACUUGAAAGGAGCUUCAAGCAAGUACAGGACCUGUCUUUUGAAGUCAGUAAGGAAGUUUCUUUGCAUAACCAAAAAGUCUGUGAAGACACCCAUGGAAUAGAGACCCUGCAACACUGGGGCUAUUUGAUAGCAGCACCUUCUGUUUUCCGAUCAGGCAUAGAGGAAGCUGUUAGUGUGACCAUCUUUAACUCAAUCAAGGAAACAACAGUCCAGAUUCAGCUAGUGGUCAAAGGAGAAACAGUGGCACGAGGCCAUGGAGCAGUUCUGGAUAAAGGGACAAUCAAGCUUAAGGUGCCUUCAGGGCUUCGUGGACAAGCACAUUUAAAAGUUUGGGGAAACCGGCACUUAACGGAGGAAGGUUACAUCUUUCAUAACUAUACCACAGUAACCAUAGAUAGCAAAGGGACAUCGGUGUUCAUCCAGACUGACAAGCCUGUCUAUAAACCCAAGCAGAAAGUGCUGAUAAACCUGUUUACGGUCACUUCUGACCUGCGACCGAUCAAUGAGAAGAUUGAAGCCUAUAUAGUCGAUCCUCGGGGGUCUCGGAUGAUAGAAUGGAGCAAUCUGAAGCCAUUUUGUUGUGGUAUUGUAAAUAUGAGUUUCCCUUUGUCUGAUCAGCCAGUAUUUGGCGAGUGGUUUAUUUUUGCUGAAAUGCAAGGGCAUGCAUACAACAAAUCCUUUGAAGUUCAGAAAUAUGUGUUACCAAAAUUUGAGCUAUUGAUUGACCCACCUCUCUAUAUCCGAGAUCUUGCGACUUGUGAAAAGGGAACUGUCCAUGCCAGAUACACGUUUGGGAAACCAGUGACAGGAAAGUUAACUGUCAACAUGACUAUAAAUGGAGUGGGGUACUACCGGCAUGAAGUGGGACACCCUGUCCUCAAAACCAUAGAGAUUGAUGGCUCUGCUGUUUUCGAUGUGUGUGUGAGAGACAUGAUGCCAGCUGAUGUCCCAGAGCAUUUCCGAGGCACGGUCAAUAUUUGGGCUACUGUGACCAGUUCUGAUGGGAGCAAGCAGGUCACAUUUGAUGACUCAACGCCUGUUCAGAAACAGCUGAUUGACAUCAAGUAUACUAAGGAUACUAGGAAGCAGUUCAAACCUGGCCUACCCUACAAAGGGAAGGUAGAAGUCACUUACCCUGAUGGGAGCCCUGCUGACGGGGUCACAAUUCGAAUCAAAGCUGAGUUAACUCCAAAGGAUAACGUUUACACAAGUGAACUGGUAUCCAGAAGUGGCUUAGUGGAGUUUGAAAUCCCCUCUAUUCCUACAGCUGCCCAGUAUGUCUGGCUGGAGACCAAAGUGACAGCAAUUGAUGGGAAACCUGCAGGGGACCAAUAUCUGCCAAACUACUUGUCUAUCAGCAGCUGGUACUCACCUAGCAAGUGCCAUAUCCAGCUCCAGGCACCAGACAAGCCUUUCCAGGUGGGAGAGGAGGCCCAUAUCGCAGUGAAGUCCACCUGUCCAUGUAAUUUCACUCUACAUUACGAAGUUGCAUCGCGAGGUAAUAUUGUCCUUUCAGGGCUGCAGCCUGGUAACAUCACACAGCAAAGGAGCAAAAGAGCCACAUUCCCCUUUGAUAAGAACAUCCAUGUCACUCAUUUCCCAGGAACAGCACCUACCAACCCCCCUGCAACGGAGGUUGAAGUCUGCAUGACCUUCCUCCAUUUCAUGGUGGCUCACAGCAUGGCUCCUCUGGGCCGUCUCUUGGUGUAUUACGUCAGGGAGAAUGGAGAAGGGGUCACAGACAGUCUGCAAUUCACUGUCAAGUCCUCCUUUGAAAACCAGGUUUCAGUGGCACUUUCAGCAAAUGAGACAAGGCCUGGUGAUGUUGUGAACCUCAAAGUUAAAGCCGCGAAGGGAAGCUGUGUCUGCAUUGCUACGGUGGAUAAGAGCGUCUACCUUCUCAAGACAGGUUUUCAGCUGACGUCUUCCCAGGUUUUCCAGGAACUGGCAGAGUAUGAUGUUUCUGAUGCCUUUGGGGCUCCCAAGGAAGAAGGGCAUUUCUGGUGGCCAGGCAUGUCCUCACGCAGACGCCGCCGCUCCUCUGUCUUUCCCUGGCACUGGGAUAUCACCAAAGAUGCCCGCUUUGCAUUUACAGAAACUGGUUUGGUUGUGAUGACUGAUUUAGUGAGUCUAAACCACAGACAGAAUGGAGGCAUGUAUACAGAUGAGGCCGUGCCAGCCUUUCAGCCUCACACUGGGACACUGGUAGCUACCAUGCAUUCUAAGAUUGUACCCAGAACAGAGAAGAAAAAAAGAACAUUCUUCCCUGAAACAUGGAUUUGGCACUGCCUCAAUGUCAGUGAUGUAUCAGGAGAAGCACAGCUGCAUGUGGAAGUGCCUGACUCAAUCACUACAUGGAUAACAGAGGCCGUGGGUCUGUCUGAGAAGAAAGGGCUGGGACUUGCCAAACAAACAGAACUGAAGACAUUUAAACCUUUCUUCAUCGAUUUCACCCUGCCCUAUCAUGUCAUCCGUGGGGAGCAGACCAAAAUCCCGCUGACUGUCUACAAUUAUUUGGCUGUCUGCAUAGAGGUUCAUGUGAAGAUUUCAGUUCCAAAAGGUAUAAAGUUCGUUGGACAUCCUGGGAAACACCAUCUGACAAGAAAGAAGUGUGUGGCCCCUGGAAAAGCCAAACCCACCUCCAUAGUCUUAUCCUUCAGUGAGCUUGGACUAAGCAACAUCACAGCAAAAGCAUUUGCUUAUGGUGGAACAAACUGCUGCCAGGAUGGGAUGCAGAUCCUAAAGAAUGGCAAGCAGUCAGAGGACAUUUACUUGGACAAAAGGACCCCAGUUGGGAUCGACUAUGUCCGUAGUAGUGUUGUUAUUGAGCCAGAGGGAUUAUCCAGAGAAUAUACCUACAGUGUGUUCUUCUGCCCCAAUGAGAAAAUUCACAUUUCUACACCUAACAAAUAUGAGUACCAGUAUAUGCAGAAGCCUGCCCGGAUGACUCAUUUUGACAUUGCAGUGAAAGCGCACAAUGAUGCUCAUUUUGCCUUGUCCUCUGGCCCACAUGACAUGGCAGAGAUGACUGAGAUUGUCAUUGGUGGGCAUCAAAAUGCUAAAACGUGGAUUUCUACUAGUAAAAUGGGUGAGCCAGUUGUCAGCACAGACACAGCUGGCAUCCUCUCUUGGGAUGAAUUCAGGAGCUUCUGGAUCAGCUGGAAAAAUGGAAUUAUUCAGGUUGGCCAUGGUACUCAGAUGCUAAAUGAAUCCAUUAUUGUGGAGUGGGCCAUCCCCAAACAGCCCGAGGUGAAGUACAUUGGCUUCUCCACGGGCUGGGGCUCAAUGGGAGAGUUUAAAAUCUGGAGAAAAGAAGAGACUGAUGAAAAUCACAGUGAAGCAUUUACUCUUGGAGUUCCCCACAAUGUGAUCCCUGGAUCAGAAAGAGCUACUGCCUCAAUAAUAGGCGAUGUAAUGGGCCCUACGCUUAACAACUUGGACAAUCUUCUACGAUUACCAUUUGGAUGUGGAGAGCAGAACAUGAUCCAUUUUGCUCCCAAUAUCUUUGUCCUAAAAUAUCUCCAGAAAACCAAACAACUCAGCCCUGAGGUGGAGAGCGAAGCCACAGAUUACCUGGUGCAAGGUUACCAACGCCAGUUGACCUACAAAAGACAAGAUGGUUCAUACAGUGCUUUUGGCGAGAGGGACUCCUCAGGGAGUAUGUGGCUAACAGCCUUUGUUCUCAAGUCCUUUGCGCAGUCUCGUGGGUUUAUUUUCAUCGAUCCCAAGGAAUUAACAGCUGCAAAGGACUGGAUCAUCCAGCACCAGAAGGAAGAUGGCUCAUUCCCUGCUAUGGGUAGAAUAUUAAAUAAGGACAUCCAGGGUGGAAUCCAUGGCAAGAUCUCACUGACAGCAUAUGUGGUUGCAGCUCUGUUGGAGACAGGCAUCACAUUUGAGGGAGAAAAAGCAGCAGUUGCCAAAGCAAAACACUUCUUGGAGUCCAACUUGUAUUCUGCAGAAGACCCCUACACCACAGCCCUGACUGCAUAUGCCCUGACUCUUCUGCACAGUCCAUCUGCUGCAGUGAUGUUGCGGAAAAUGAACAGCAUGGCCAUUAUGCAAGAUGGCUUUACACACUGGAGCUUAAUGGGGACUCUGGUUACUGAUGAAGAUACAUUCAUGGGAUUUAACGAUGGGCUUUCUCAAUCAGUUGUAUCUGCAGAAGUGGAAAUGACAGCCUAUGCACUGCUGACAUACACGCUCCUGGGAGAUGUGGCCUCUGCACUUCCAGUGGUUAAAUGGCUGUCGCAGCAAAGAAAUGGACUUGGAGGAUUCUCAUCCACUCAGGAUACAUGUGUAGCUCUGCAGGCUCUGGCUGAAUAUGCCAUUCUUUCUUAUGUUGGAGGAGUCAACCUUACCAUUUCCCUGGCUUCCACUAAUUUAGACUAUCAAGAGACUUUUGAGCUUAACAAGAUGAAUAAGAAGGUUCUCCAGAUUGCAGUGAUCCCCAGCAUUCCCACUGGGCUGUUCGUAAGUGCCAAGGGCGAAGGCUGCUGUCUGCUGCAGAUUGAUGUCACUUACAAUGUGCCUGACCCUGUUGCUAAACCAGCUUUCCAGCUUCUGGUUAACCUGAAAGAGCCCAAAUCAGAGUGUCAUCAGCAAACUCAGCACCCCCUACGGCCCCUCUCUCCAGAUGAGAAUCGCUCAGAAGCCUCCCACAGAGAUCGGGCACUGGUGGAUGAUGAUGACCCGGCUUCUGAUCAAGAUCACCAGGAAUACAAAGUGAUCCUGGAGACGUGCACUAGGUGGCUGCAUUCGGGAUCGUCAAACAUGGCUGUCUUGGAGGUGCCCUUGUUCUCAGGUUUCCGAGCAGAUAUUGAGAGCCUGGAGCAGUUAUUAAUGAACAAGCAAACUGGAUUAAAAAGAUACGAAGUUGAUGGAAGAAAAAUCCUUUUUUAUUUUGAUGAGAUUCCUAGCCAGUGCAUGACCUGUGUAAAAUUUCAAGCCUUCAGAGAGUAUAUAGUUGGGAAAACUGCCCCUGUCCCCAUCAAAGUGUAUGAUUACUAUGAGCCAGCUUUUGAAGCGACUCGUUUCUAUAAUGUGAGUGAAAACAGCCCCCUGGCUCGGGAGCUCUGUGAUGGGCCAACAUGCAAUGAGGUGGAAAGCUCAGCCAAUCAUUGGAUUGGUUUUGUUCACUCUGGGCCAUGCAACAAUGUUUUUGGCUGUUUAGAAGAUGAGUAUUUUGAGCAGUGCAUGUGCUCCCGGGACUGUGGCUAUGAUGGGGAGCCAGUGUGUGGAUCAGAUGGGAUAAUUUAUCAGAACCAUUGCCAGAUGGAGGUAGCAUCCUGCAGGAAUAAUACAAGGAUAGAGCAGAUCCCUAUGUCUCAAUGUUCUGCCUCCAAGAAUUUGCCAGAAGAAAGAGAAACACAUUUCCAUGCAGUUGAGCUGCCUAGCAUUCAGCAAACUCCUGCAGAGGAAGGCCCUGCGCUCCAGUCAGACCUGUCCUACUACUCUUAUGAGUACGACCCUUAUGCUUCUGAAGCUGACAUCUUUGAGGUUGCAGCAGAGCUGACAACAGCAAGCAGCACACUGAGAGAAGUGGACAAGAUUCAGGAAGUGGUGACUACAGUAGAAUGAAAUAAAUAAUUUAAAAUAAAAAGAAGAGGCUCAGAAUCCACUCCUGUACGAGUUUGUUCCUACAGAUGACCUGCUGCAGAACAGAAACCAAAUGAUGACUACUUCCUGAUACCCUCAGAAUUGUAGGCUUUGCCUCCUCAUGGGGGGCAGGAGCUCCAACGGGGUGCUCAGCAUUAUUUUUCUAUCAAUUUUCCUGCCUUUUGUGCAUCACCUUAGGAGUUAUUUCAAGGAUGGGAGACCAAUGUGCUGCCCCAGUGUAGGCGAGGAGAACGGGCUGGAAUUCAAACCCUUAGACCACUUCAAAGUACGUUACAAGGAUCCUGCAACACCAUUUCCGAGCUACGCUGAGUCCAGACCUCUGUGCUCAGCUGAGUUGCUGUUUGAGGAGAGAUGGCUGAGGAGUUUUCUUUAAAAAUAAUAAGAGCCGUGUAUUUUAGCUCAGUAUGCCACAGCAAAGGUUUAACUUCCCCAGCCCACCACCCCCCUGCCACCCACUGCACCAGCGGCAUAUUACCCUGCAGAAA